AUGCAUAAGAAGAGCGACUCUAUGCUUAUAAAGAAGCUCUUGUCCAUCCGGGAUGAGAUGUUGGACAGAUGCACCCGAGACGAGAUCACAACACUCUGGAGUUCUUGGUUCGAGGGAAAAGGGGUUCAUGAGCCAUAUGAGUGGUUUAGGCCGAGAGGUGAGAGACGAUUCUGGGCUAAGUAUGUUUGGAAGGACUAUGUCCCUCCUAAGUACUCGUUCAUUACUUGGCUCGCACUUCAAGGAUGCCUUUCCACACGGGAUCGCCUCCAUUUCUUGGAGAACUUGGACCCUGCUUGUCAGCUUUGUCGUUGGGAGGAGGAAUCAGCAGACCAUCUCUUCUUCAAACGCCCGAAGACUUGGGCUGUUUGGGGAAAGAUCAUGCUGUGGCUUGGCAUUGCGAGGAGAUCGACGACGAUCAGGAGUGUCAUCAAAUGGGCAGGACGGCAGAUCAGAGGUUCAUAUAUUGUUCAGAUGGCGAAGAGGAUUGCACUCAUGGCUUCAGUGGCGAUCAUUUGGAGAACGCGAAACAAGGUUAUCUUCGGUGGGAAGACAUGGGAUGCAGUUAGGGUCAUCUUUGAGAUCAAAGAAGCUACCUACAACAUCUUGUACUCACAUUUCCCACACGAGCAGGUUCUUCUCCACCUUCCGGAUAGAUGA